AUGUACAACCUGGUGAUUCUCAUCAUCGACAUCGUCGCGAUGUUGGUACGAUGGAUCUUCUACACGCUCGAGUCGCUCUACCGGCUCGUCGUCCCACCGGCUGCGGACACCGUCCACAACGACAUUGUGCUCAUUACCGGCGCUGGCCACGGUAUGGGCAAGUGCAUGGCGCUGCAGUACGCGCAGCUGGGUGCGACCGUCAUCUGUCUCGAUAUCAACGAGAAGCAGAACGCCGAAACGGUCGCGACGAUCAAGCAGCAGCGCGGUAACGCCUUCGGCUACGUGUGUGAUGUCACCGACCGCCAGCAGAUCAUCGAGACGGCCAAGCGAAUCCAGCAGGAGGUGGGCACGGUCACGAUCCUGGUCAACAAUGCCGGUAUCAUGCCGACGCAUCCGCUGCUCCAGCAAACCGAAAUGGAAAUUCGCAAAACGUUUGAGAUCAACGUUAUGGCACACUUCUGGCUCCUGCAAAGCUAUCUGCCCGGAAUGCUCGAGAAGAACCGUGGGUUCAUCGUGGCGCUCUCCUCCGUCGCCGGCCUGUGCGGGCUGAACAAUCUGGUACCGUACUGCGGCAGCAAAUUUGCCGUGCGCGGUAUCAUGGAGGCCCUCGCCGAGGAGCUGCGCCAGGACGCGCGGAAGCCGAAUAUCAAGUUCACCACCGUCUAUCCGUACAUGGUCGACACAGGCCUGUGCAAGCGGCCGCACAUGCGCUUCCCGAACAUGAUGCGCCUGGUCAAGCCGGAAGAAGCGGCCGCCGCCAUCAUCGACGGCCAGCGGCGCGGCCUGGUCGACGUCUCCAUCCCGAAGUAUCUGCUCUACCUGAACACCGUCAUUCGCGUGUUUCCGCUCAAGUACUGUGGUCCGUUUUCGAUUUCCCGCGCCUACUGGAUGGACGCGGGAAGGGUGGUGCUGCCGAACGACGAUCCGUCCCGGUGGGGCUCGUUCGAGGACUGUGCGAACGACUACGAGUGUGCAACGAACAUCGUCAACCAGUACAUGGAGAAGUACGGCACCGACUGCAACAGCGAUGGGCUGGUGGACUGCGUCGACUACACGAUGCUGCACGUUAAUGGCGGCCCGAGGUGUCAAGGUGCACUUGGUGGUGCGUUUGCUAGCAAAUUCUUCCAGUGUCUUAGAACGAAGUAGGUUUGGUUUGGUA